AUGGCCGAAUCCGCGCAGACUGAAGCUGCUGACGAAGAAGCGGGAAUGCGCGACGGAGGCAUGCAAAAGCAGGAGCGAAGCAGCGAGCCACAGGGCCCUGACGCCAAGUGCGGGUUAGCGGCUUUUCUCCGGCGAUCCGAUUGGCCAGGUGUCAAAGCAUUAAAUGGUCCGUGCACCUCCACCGCCAAGACCAACUGCGAGAUGCCAAUUCGAGGAAGCAAAAUGCAGAUGACGCCAGACUUCGAGAUGCUAUCGAGAGAAGUCGAACAAGAGGGACCGUGCCCGCUGCGCGCGGGCCCGCCAAAGGAAGCCUGGAGGAACGCGCCGGCGCAAUUAGCCCACGACCGCAUCACAAUGCCGUCGUGCGAUUAG